CUAUGUGUGCAAUAAUACUUCCGGUUUACGAUACAUGGGCAAUGCCUGUCUUCUUUGUCGAUUUUAUAAACCAUUUAGGGAAACAUUACACAAUUAUACAGUUUUGGACUAUCUAUUAAGCUGCAGCGGGUUCGCUGUAAGUGAAGCCAAACAUGGAUAUCCCCAAUUCCCCCGAAGAUCAAGAACUGAAGAAUGUAAUAGACAAGCUGGCCCAGUUUGUCGCUCGUAAUGGGCCAGAGUUUGAGAAGAUGACAAUGGAGAAACAGAAGGACAACCCCAAGUUCUCCUUCCUCUUUGGGGGAGACUACUUCAGCUACUACAAGUGCAAGCUUGCAAUCGAGCAUCAGCAGCAUCCCUCUGCCCACGAUGGGGAGGAAUAUACAUCUGAAGGUAUUUAUUUGGAACCAGAUGUGCCAGACAAAUUCAGAGUUCUAUUCGAGAUGUACCAAGGCUCCAAAGACGUGGUUGAUAUCCUUCCUCCACCAAUGGCAAUGAUUGCCCCGCUUCCGAAUCCUCCACCUGCUGCACCUUCAAUGGAGGACCUAAUCCAACAGAGCCAAUGGAAUCUGCAGCAGCAGGAGCAGCAUAUGCACACACUCAGACAGGAACAAGUGACUGCAGCCAUUGCUCUGGCUAUGGAGCAGCAGACCCAGAAACUGCUGCUUGAAACCCAGUUGGACAUCACAGAGUUUGACAACCUGCUGCAGCCCAUCAUAGACACCUGCACCAAAGACGCCAUCUCUGGUGGUAAAAACUGGAUGUUCAACAACGCCAAGACUCCGCAGCACUGUGAACUGAUGACAUCACAUCUCCGCAACCGCAUCACUGCCGAUGGAGCGCAUUUUGAGCUCUGCCUGCAUCUCAUCUAUUUAACCAAUGACGUUCUCCAUCACUGCCAGCGGAAGCAGCAGAAGGAUUUGUUGGCAGCGCUGCAGAAAGUCGUGGUUCCCAUCUACUGCACCAGCUUUCUGGCUGUAGAGGAAGACAAGCAGCAGAAGAUCACCAGGUUGUUGCAGCUGUGGGAAAAGAACGGGUACUUUAACGAUGAGACCAUCCAGAUGCUCCAGAAUCCUACACUGGGCCUCGGCCAGUACCAAGCGUCUCUGAUCACAGAGUAUGCUGCGGUGGUGCAGCCGAUCCAGCUGGCCUUCCAACAGCAGAUCCAGGCUUUAAAGGCCCAACAUGAAGAGUUUGUUUCCAGCCUAAAGCAGCAGCCACAGCCCUCGUCUGUAGCACAGCUAGGAACCCCCGCUGAGCCUGAAAAGACCCUGCCUAUGACCACAAAAGCUGGGGAUGUGAAGCCGCCCAUUUCGGGUCCUCCACAAGGGGACUUUGAUGGGGCUCCAUCCAGGCCACAGGACCCCAGCAACCCAAGUGGACCCUCAGAUAUCUCCUCGAACAAGGCUGGGUGGUAUGAUCCCCAACACAUGGGCCCCUGGAACCCCAACCAGCCGCCUCCUUUCGACCCAAACCAGCCCCCCCCUCCCUGCCCGCCCUGGAACAGCCACGAGGGGAUGUGGAACGAGCAAAGGAACCAAGAAAACUGGAGCGGAGGUCCUCCCAGAGAAGGAGGCCCCUGGAGCGGGCCAGGUGGGUCUGACCAAGGCCCUCCAUCUUGGAACUCAUAUGACCAGCAGCCACCAUGGGGGAACCAGCCUGACCAGCCUCCAUGGGGCCAAAGGGAGCCCCCUUUUCCUCCACGCAUGCAGCGACCUCCUCAUUUCAGAGGGCCUUUCCCUCCACACCAGCAACCACCUCCUUUCAACCAGCCCCCACCUCCACACAGUUUCGGACGCUUUCCGCCGCGCUUCAUGCAGGACGACUUUCCCCCCAGACACCACUAUGACAGGCCGCCGUACACCCCCCACCGCUUUGACUACGCUCAGGGAGAAUUUCCCGGAGAGAUGCCAGGUCCUCCUCCCCACCACCAUCAAAAUCAGAGGCUCCCUCCACCAGGCAUGGGGCCAGAACAUCCUCCCUGGGGUGGAAGCCAGCACCAGGACUUUGGCCCACCCCCACACGGCUUCAACGGCCAUUCCCCACACGUACGUCAUCGGCAACAUCCAGUGCAGGACGACCCCAGUCUGGUGCCUAACGUCCCCUACUUUGACCUGCCUGCUGGUCUCAUGGCUCCUCUCGUCAAACUUGAGGACUCUGAUUAUAAACCCCUGGAUCCUAAAGACAUCCGGCUGCCCCCUCCCAUGCCACCUAGCGAUCGCCUGCUUGCUGCUGUGGAAGCUUUCUACAGCCCUCCAUCCCAUGAUCGGCCACGGAACAGUGAAGGCUGGGAGCAGAAUGGCUUGUACGAGUUCUUCAGGGCCAAGAUGAGAGCCAAGAGGAAAAAGGGACACGAGAAACGCAACAGUGUUCAGGGAGAUAGCCGCUCCAGGAGUCCGUCCCACAGCAGAGGCAGAUCUUCAUCGCGCUCCAGCUCCCGCUCCUCUAAGUCGUCCAGAUCAGGUCCCCGCUCGUCUGGGUCCCACUCUCAGAGCCGCUCCCGCUCCUACUCACGCUCCAGGUCCAGGAGCAGAUCCAGGUCAUCCCGUAGUCGCUCUCGCUCCAGAUCCAGAUCCCGUUCACAUUCACCCUCCAAGACACGCCAUGGCCCCAAAACCCAGAGCGAUUCCCCUCCCUCCACAUCAGUGGUGGCAGGCGCUCCCUCCAAACUGCCUGCAGAUAGCAGGCUAGGGGAAGAGAACAAGGGCCAUCAGCUGCUGAUGAAGAUGGGCUGGAGUGGUUCAGGUGGAUUGGGGGCCAAAGAGCAGGGCAUCCAGGACCCCAUCAAAGGAGGAGACAUCAGGGAUAAGUGGGACCAGUAUAAAGGUGUCGGGGUGUCACUGGACGACCCUUACGAGAACUAUCGCAGGAACAAGAGCUACAACUUUGUUGCGCGAAUGAAGGCGCGAGAAGAAGUCAAUCGGGAAACUCCGGAGGCCCCUCCAACAGAAUGAUUUCAUCAAACAUCGUCAGACAUCUCCUCAUCUUCCUCGUUACACCUCCACCAAGGAUCUAAUGUUUCACUGCAGUUUUCAAUCCAGAGACAGCAGUCUGGCUCCCUCCUCAGAGGGACGAUACAAAGUGCCACCACACUUAGGAAGCCUGAAAAGCCGUUUGGUUCACAGUAAAAAGCGUGGGUUAAUUUGAAUUACAGUCGAUUAAAAAAUAUGGUUUGUAGCACUCACUCUUUCACUCCCAAUGUUUCAGACAAUGUUGUGAAAUGUUUUAUGAUCAGUGUUUUAGCAGUCUCUAAAAGGAGCAACAGACCUCCUUCAUUUUGUAAUAACAACUGCUCAGGCAGUCUCAGUGGGAUAGCUUCAGAAAAACAUAGGACACAUGGUUAAACCUUGAUAAUAUAAGCAAUAUUAGUAUUAAGGCAGUGAUUUUCAAAGUGUCAACUGUUAAUGAAAUAAAUAUUCCAAAUAAUUUGUAUUUGGAUUCUAUUGUUUUCAUUCCUUUCCCUGAAUUUUCUUUUGCGUCAGUUAACUCACAUUUAGAAUAUAAAACAAAUACAAUAAAUGCUUUGUAUUAUUUGAAUACAAUUUUGAAAAUAACAGCUCUUUUAGACAUAAUUCCCGACUGAUUAUCCACAGAUCCACCAAAAGUGCUCACUGUGGGUGGGGUCAGAAUUCUCACUGCUAGAUACCUCAAAACUUCUUUAAAAUAAAAUGUAUAAAAGUAAAUAUAACUAGCGCGAAAUAAAAACUAUGGUGACUUUUCAA